CCCCCCCCCCCCUUCCCCUUCCCCUUGGCGUUCCCUGGGAUUAAUCGCUAUUUCUCUGUGACUGCUGGAUGGAGCCGGGCGGUCGGAGGCAGACCGUCAGGAUGGUGGAGCCGAUGCCCAGUUACAGCGAGGUGCUGGUUAAAAGCUUCACCUGCAUGAACAAUGCGAUCGCGGAGUGCAAGGACUGCGGCUUGGAGCUGUCUAAACGGACGCUGCUGGCAAACGCCUCUCUCUCGGCCACCGAGGGGCUCAUGUUCCUGCUCUGCGCUGCAGGGUGGACGCUGCUCCGGAAGGCUGCUUCUCGCUAUCUCUUUCAGCCGUUCGCCCAGUGGUGCGAUCUCCAACCCAGGGAUGCAGCCAAGAUGCCGGAGAGUAUGUGGAAGCUGAUUUUCUACACCGCCUCUUGGUCCUACACCUCCUACCUGCUCUUCUUCACAGACUAUCCUUUCUUCCACGACCCACCAUCCGUGUUCUACGAGUGGAGACCAACAAAUGAGGUCCCGAAAGACAUGGCGAUUGCUUACCUGGUCCAGUGCAGCUUCUAUGGGCAUGCCAUCUAUGCCACCAUCUAUAUGGAUGCCUGGAGAAAGGACUCUGUGGUGAUGUUGGUCCAUCAUGUGAUAACCCUGGCCCUUAUUGCCUUCUCCUAUGCCUUCAGGUAUCACAACGUUGGAAUCCUGGUUCUCUUCCUACACGAUGUCAAUGACAUUUUGCUUGAAUUCACAAAACUCAAUGUUUACUUCAAGAACAGAGCUGGGGUCUACCACCGACUGAACGAUGUGGUUUCCAACAUCGGAUGCUGCUCCUUUGCUGUGAGCUGGUUCUGGUUUCGACUUUACUGGUUCCCCCUCAAAGUGCUGUACGCCACCUGUUACUCCAGCCUCCAGUCUGUUCCCAAUAUCCCUUUUUACUUUUUCUUCAACAUUCUGCUGCUUGCUCUCACUCUGAUGAAUAUAUAUUGGUUUCUGUACAUCCUGCUGCUGGUGCUGAAGGUCCUGACCGGCCGAGUGGCGGAGGUGAACGACGCGCGGGAGUACGACGUGGAGGACACCAGCAGGCCCGCGGAGGACAAGGAAUAUGACCACCCCAGGAACUCCGCCAAGGAUGGAUGGCACCAGAGGAACGGGAUCAUCAAGGAUAAAUGGUUAUAAUGCCGUGCCCAGACCAGUGGACAUUAUCAUCAUCACCUCGUUUACAAGGACUUCUGCAUCCGGAUUAGGAAAGGACGUCUGGUCCCCGCCCGUCCAGGAGUUUCUCGAUUGAGAUUGAAAACUGGGAGGGAGGGGUGCAGGUUGGGGAAAGCUGCACUGAUUUUAAUCUCUGGGUUACCCUUGGCCUGUUUGCAAACAGUACUGUUCUCCCUUGCCUUCAUGCACCUGCAGUAUAACUACACUGAGCCAUUUCUCCAUGCGCUAGGUCUGAGCUCGCAACGAUUCCCCGACCCAGACUUCCCUCAGUUGAACCUGUCUGGAGUUUUGUCCUUGGGGAGGGAGGGGAGGGGAGAGGGGGUUUCACUUAACGUUCCCCCUGCAAAGUCCCAGGGCCACCAAGGGGUCGGGAGGUCUCCCACUGCCUCCUUGCGUCACGCACCUCCUGCCGAGAUUGCUGGCUGAUACAACCCUGGAAAUUCCCCCCCCCCCCCC